UCUCUACCGCGAGCAGUCUUUUGAUUCAUAAGCAGAAGUUUUAUGCUUUCAGUCUAAUGAAUUCAUAUGGAAAACGAAAUUAUUUCAAGGGAAAAAAGAGAAAGAGGAAUUCCGUUCUUGAGCCAAAGAAAAACACAAAGAAUUGUAACAAUUCUCCCUCGGGAAGUGAUCCAAACAAGAACUUGUGGAAUCUCGAUGGAGAAUCAAGGAAGCCUGCAGAGCGAUAUUAUGGAUGGAGCAUGUAUUUUUACGAUGAAGGCUAUAAAGAAAACUCUUUAACGGUAAAAAAAGUACAGGCUUAUGAAAAUUUCUUAAGAAGAAACUACGAUUUCUCGUCAAUUGUUAAUUUUAAUGCUGAUGUAUAUCAUAAUGUCGAUGUCACGGUGCUAUACAGUGACAACACUUUUUUAACAAAAUGGCCUACAUUUAAAAUGGAUAUUAAAGAUACUCCCGAUCACACGCUGAAUUGCCUUGGACUUGCCAUACAUCAGGCCAUAACGAACUUUGUGUUGACCAAGCGCAACAAGUGCUACAACGAUGUAAUAAAUGAUUUAUCAAUGAUUAAAGCCAAAAUAUUAAAUUUUGAACCAAUAACACCAUUAAGAAAUCUUAAAGUAAAUUCAUGUGGAAAAUUAAUAACAACUACAGGCUGUGUCAUAAGAGUUAGCUACUCCAAGCACCUUUCUCAAUGGAUAAUGUUUGCUUGUUCGAGAUGCAAAUGGGAGAAACGAGAAAAACAGACUAGGGGUAUUUAUACCAUACCAAACAAGUGUGACACAUGUGGUACAGUGAAGUUCAAUCCAAUGUUAGAUUCGUCCAAGUCGGCAACAAUACCUUCUCAAAUGAUCAAGUUGCAAGAAUAUUCCGGAGACGAGCAGGAUGACCGAGGGAAGGUACCACGAAUACUUGAUGUAGAACUUCUUGGUGAUUUAGUGAACACGUGUUUACCUGGUGACUAUGUGACUAUAACUGGAAUUGUUAAAGCAGAAGGAAAUUCGGAACCUUUAAGAAAGAAAAAUACUACAAAUUCAUUUUCUUUGUACAUGGAAGCAAUUUCAAUAGUUACUAAUAAAAAUGAAACUCAGUGUAAGAGCAUAAUGGGAAUUGAGUUUGACGAUAAGGAUUACAUUGAAAUUAAGAAGAUCCAUGACCAGCAAAAUUUGUUUGAGACACUUGUCCAUUCCUUAUGUCCUGGGAUAUAUGGUCAUGAAAUAAUUAAAACUGGAUUAAUUCUUAGUUUGUUCGGAGGAAGUACCAAGCAAGCAGAUUUACGCGAAGAAAUCCAUAUACUGCUUGUUGGUGAUCCAGGACUUGGAAAAUCUCAAAUGUUACAAGCAUGUUCCCAUGUUGCACCAAAAGGCGUCUACAUAUCCGGAAACUCCAGUACGUCUUCGGGAUUAACGGUUACUCUUGUGAAAGAGCCUGGUUCGAGUGACUUUGCUCUCGAACCAGGUGCUUUAGUUUUAGCGGAUAGAGGGUGCUGUUGCAUUGAUGAAUUUGAUAAAAUGUCAACACAGUAUCAAGCAUUGCUCGAAGCUAUGGAACAACAAUGUGUCAGUGUAGCAAAAUCUGGAACAUUAUGCUCCCUUCCAGCAAGGACGUCGAUUCUCUCGGCCGCUAAUCCCAUCGGAGGUCGUUAUGACUCUUCUAAGACAGUUAUUCAGAAUUUGAAAAUGAAUCAACCUCUUCUCACACGGUUUGAUUUGGUUUUUCUUUUAUUAGACCAACCAAAUGAGAAUCGUGAUAAUUUGUUGUGCAAACACGUCAUGACGUUACAUACCGGCCAGAAUAAAUUAAAUCAGGAACAAUUUCACUCUUCUUCUAAAGGGGCAGAGGAAACGUUCUCGCAAGGAUUAACAUUCCGAGAAAAACUUAUAUUGUCAAAGGGAAAUGUUCAAUGUAUGUCUCACGCUAUUUUGCGAAAAUACAUCUCAUAUGCUCGUCAAUACGUCAAACCUAAAUUAACAACAGCUUCUGCUGCUGUUUUGGAGAGAUUCUAUAUAGAACUUCGUAAGCAAAAUACAAAUGGCAAUAUACAGGUUUUCAACAGGCAACUUGAAGCUUUAAUCAGAUUAACGGAGGCUCGAGCAAAAUCCGAAUUACGUACGGUAGCAACGGAAACCGAUGCUCAGGAAGUAAUAGAAAUAGUGAAGUUUGCAUUAGCAAGCAUGUCCUCGGAACUUGGACCUACUUCGUCGAAUAUUCAUAAUAGCUCAAAUUCUGGGAAACUUACCGGUAAUAAGGUAAAACAUUUCAUCAGACUAUUGAAAGAGGAAGCCCAAGAACAAGACAAAAGUACUUUUUCUACCCGAGAGUUACGCGAUGUUGCGAGAAAAGGAAGCAUUGUAAUAAACGAUUUCACUGAGUUUUUAUUAAAAUUAAACGACCAAGGAUUCCUCCUAAAGAAAGGGCUAAAUUUGUAUGCCGUAGUUUUGGAUUGAAUAUUGCAUUAAUUUUAUUUAUCUUAUGUAAUAUGAAGCUUAAAUGUAUAGUGUAAAUAACCUGAAAUAGAUUAUUA